GAAUAUGUAAUGGCUAAUGGACUUUCAAAAAAAGCGAUUCAAAUGGGAUUGGAUGUAGGACCAUCGGCAAUACAAGAGUUAAACAGUUUUAUGAAGGACUUUAUAACAAAACACGUGCCAAAGAGUAAUCAAAAAUUAUUGCGAAGAAACUCUAAAGAAGAAUCAUCUUGA